CCUGUAUAAAAGCGGGAAGUGCAGAGUGGAGUGUACAGAGAACAUACAGAAUUCUUCACAGUGAUUAGGUCUCUGACUGUAGCACAAUGAAGGUUUUGGUGUUCCUUCUGCUCGUAGCAGCAGCAAGCGCUAAAGUCUUUGACAGGUGUGAGCUGGCAAGGGCCAUGAAAGCAAACGGAUUGGCCGGGUAUCAUGGCAUCAGUCUGGCUAACUGGGUUUGCUUGGCCAAGCACGAGUCAAACUACAACACCAAUGCUCUCAACCGAAACACUGAUGGAUCUACGGACUAUGGUAUUUUCCAGAUAAACAACCGUUGGUGGUGUAGCAAUGGGAGUUUCCAUAGUGCAAACGGGUGUGGAAUCUCCUGUAGCGCACUUCUUUCCGAUAACAUCUCACAAGCUGCUCAGUGUGCCAAGACCAUUGUGAGACAGCAGGGCAUUACUGCCUGGGUGGCAUGGCGUAGAUACUGCCGGGGUCACGAUGUGAGCUCUUACACUGCAGGCUGUGGAGUGUAAAGCAAAAAGCAUGAAACAAUCAAUUAAACAUCAAUGUUUAUCAGUAGUCAGUAGUAUCAGCAAAUCAGUAGUAAAGAUGGUACAUAAUAGUGCAUUAAGAAUCCAAAUCAUCUAUUUACUCAUAAUCUGCAAAGAGCUCAGAGAGGUUCAUGUAAACCUUCUAUCAAUAUCAAUAUUGCAGAAAUAAAGCAUUUAAAUACAGCAA